AAAAUCGUCGUGUUCUCUGAAAAUGCAGCCCACCAUUGCUCCGUGCUAACUCUUCUCGCCAUCGGGUUCGAGCGAUACCACGCCAUCUGCUAUCCUAUGAGAGAAACCUUUGGGGCGAGGCUAAGUUCUGAAAAUAUCCUCAUCCCCAUGGUGUGGAUCCUGUCUUGUGUAGCGACCUUGCCCUUUGCCAUUUACUACGGCACAGAGGUAAACUCGUUUUUUUUAACUUUAUAA